CCGCCCUCCCCCGGCCCAAUGGCGAGGUUGCCGCGUCAGUGAUGUGAAGCACUGCUCAGGCUUGUCCGGCCCCCGGUCCGCAGCCCAUUACACCAUCCGCCGCGGCAGCCGCUGCAGCAGCAGCAGCUGCAGCCCGCGCAGACUUGGGAGGGCGGGAGGCCUUCUGGCGUGGCGGGGCGGGGCGAGCGGCACGACCGGACUCAUUCCUGUGGGGCUGGGGCAUGGAGGAGCUGUGCGACCUCAGGCGGAGCAGGGCGGCCCGGGCGGCGGCGAGGACAACGGUUUCAAUUUGAAGGGGGCGGCCCGCGACCGAGCGGCCAGCGGCGGCUGGAAGGACUAGCCCACGGGCAGGUAGUGGCGGCGGCGGCCUGCCCGAGCCGGGGCUGCGGCCUGAGUUUGGUGCUGUGAUUGUCAGAUGUUGGAAGGCAAUAGGACAGAACAUACUCUCCUCGGUUUUAUAUCCGUCCUGGGGUGCAGUGAUUAACAUUGAACUGGUUCCCGAAACUCUUGUCUGUGUCGAUAGAGUUAAGCUGGAGCUUUGCUUUUAAGGAUAAAGAAAGCACAGCCUCUCAACUGGACAUAAAUGGAUCUAAAGACAGCAGUAUUUAACGCAGCUCGGGAUGGCAAACUCCGGCUUCUCACCAAGUUGUUGGCAAGCAAAUCCAAAGAGGAGAUUUCCUCCUUGAUCUCUGAAAAAACAAAUGGGGCCACGCCACUCUUGAUGGCGGCCAGGUAUGGGCACCUUGACAUGGUGGAAUUCCUCCUCGAGCAGUGCAGUGCCUCCAUAGAAGUCGGGGGCUCGGUCAAUUUUGAUGGCGAAACCAUUGAGGGGGCUCCCCCUUUGUGGGCCGCUUCUGCAGCAGGACAUCUGAAGGUGGUUCAGUCUUUGUUGAAUCAUGGAGCAUCUGUCAAUAAUACGACUUUAACCAAUUCAACUCCUCUUCGAGCUGCCUGUUUCGAUGGCCAUUUGGAAAUCGUGAAGUACCUUGUGGAACAUAAAGCUGAUUUGGAAGUGUCAAACCGACAUGGGCAUACCUGCUUGAUGAUUUCCUGUUACAAAGGACACAAAGAGAUUGCUCAGUAUUUACUUGAAAAGGGGGCAGAUGUUAAUAGAAAAAGUGUUAAAGGUAAUACUGCAUUGCAUGAUUGCGCAGAAUCUGGAAGUUUGGACAUCAUGAAGAUGCUUCUUAUGUAUUGUGCCAAGAUGGAAAAGGAUGGUUAUGGAAUGACUCCCCUUCUCUCAGCAAGUGUGACCGGUCACACAAAUAUUGUGGAUUUUCUGACUCACCAUGCACAGACCAGCAAGACGGAGCGGAUCAAUGCUUUAGAGCUUUUGGGAGCCACAUUUGUAGACAAAAAAAGAGAUCUACUUGGGGCUUUGAAAUACUGGAAAAAGGCAAUGAACAUGAGAUACAGUGAUAGGACUAAUAUAAUUAGCAAACCAGUGCCUCAGACACUGAUAAUGGCUUAUGAUUAUGCCAAGGAGGUAAACAGUUCAGAAGAGCUGGAAGGCCUUAUCGCUGAUCCUGAUGAGAUGAGAAUGCAGGCUCUGUUAAUUAGAGAACGAAUUCUUGGUCCUUCUCAUCCUGAUACCUCUUAUUAUAUUAGAUAUAGAGGUGCUGUCUAUGCAGACUCUGGAAAUUUCAAACGAUGCAUCAACCUAUGGAAGUAUGCUUUGGAUAUGCAGCAGAACAAUUUGGACCCUUUAAGCCCAAUGACUGCCAGCAGCUUAUUAUCUUUUGCAGAACUGUUCUCUUUUAUGCUGCAGGAUAGGGCUAAAGGGCUGCUGGGCACCACUGUUACAUUUGAUGAUCUUAUGGGCAUACUGUGUAAAAGUGUCCUUGAAAUAGAGCGAGCUAUCAAACCAAUCCAUUGUCCACCUGACCCAUUACAGUUAAAUAAGGCUCUUUCCAUCAUUUUGCAUUUAAUUUGCUUGUUAGAAAAAGUUCCUUGUACUCUAGAACAGGACCAUUUCAAAAAGCAGACUAUAUACAGGUUUCUUAAGCUGCAUCCAAGGGGAAAGAAUAACUUCAGUCCUCUUCAUCUGGCUGUGGACAAGAAUACUACAUGUGUAGGGCGGUACCCUGUUUGUAAAUUUCCAUCUCUGCAAGUUACUGCGAUACUGAUAGAAUGUGGUGCUGAUGUGAACGUCAGAGACUCUGAUGACAACAGUCCCCUACAUAUUGCUGCUCUGAACAACCAUCCAGAUAUCAUGAAUCUUCUUAUUAAAUCAGGUGCACAUUUUGAUGCCACAAACUUGCACAAACAAACUGCUAGUGACUUGUUGGACGAAAAGGAAAUAGCUAAAAAUUUGAUCCAGCCCAUAAAUCAUACCACAUUGCAGUGUCUUGCUGCUCGUGUCAUAGUGAAUCAUAGAAUAUAUUAUAAAGGGCAUAUCCCAGAAAAGCUAGAGACGUUUGUUUCACUUCAUAGAUGAUAAUUUGACUGUAUUUUAGCACUGUUAAAGCACGAAUUGUUAACAGUUGUUUCAUAAAUGAGCACUGUUGUGAUAACACCAGCAUUCAUUUAGCUUGAUAUCAUCGUGCUCUCAUUGGCUAAAGCAUUAUAAGCAUCAAAUUUACAGGAUUGGUUUCCCAGUAUUUAAUAUAAAUAUACCAUAUAAUAUAUUGUUUGUGAAUUUUUGAGAAAUGUAAUGUCAUAUUCAAAUUUCUAAAAUUGUCUGCCAAAGGCUUAUCCAUUCUAGUUUUGUUUGCUGUUGGUUGUUUGGGAGAGUUAACCAUUUUUCAGUGGUGUGUAUACUUUUCUGGUUUGUGAAUUUUAUACAAAUGAAGGUCUUUUUUUUCUGCUCCCUUCUCUUUUUCAAGCUUCUCCCGUUUACAGUGUUUUUCUGAACCAUUUCUACUUAUUUUGUUUUCCCUUAUGGACCUAUGCUAGGGUGUACAAACUUUAUGGACUUGUUACCAUUUGCAGUUACCAUAAGUGCUUUAUCUUCUCUAUGCACAGGCUUAAACUUGACUGUUGUAUGUUAGCAUAUUUUCUAUGCAGCAGUUGGUCAACUUCAACUCAAAACACUGUUAAGUUUGUUACAAAGUUCAUUUUAUGAAAGUACUCUUGUAGCAUGACAAUUUUUAGAGCGACUGGUUAGCUACCUGAGCUCAAGCUUUUUUUUUUUUCCUUCACGUCUGAGAUUUCUUUCUCUCAUCCACUGAAAUUAUUGUGUGCUAAAUUUGGGAAACAAGUCUAUUCUAACUCAUUAACCCAGUUGAAAUUUAGGUCUGUCAUCUUAAUAUAUCAUGCAGUAAAAGGAAGACUAUAAAAUGACCCACCUUUCAUGCUGUGCCAGCAUUGUCCUGCUUGUGCUGAUGAUGUCAUUAGGUGUAGAGAAUUUGCUUAAAUUUAACCUAAAGUUUAUCACACAGCUUAAUGAGUCACAUUGAAAUAUUCAGUAAUUGAACUGCAAAUCACUUUUAGUGACAAAAAGAGCUAAAAGCAUGUCAGUGGCAUGAUGCUUGCCAAGCCAGAUCUAGGCACCUAGGAUAAUUAAGGUAUUUUAGUAUGCAAUUUACUGCCAUAGUAUCAAAGGUCAGUAACGGUGUUCUUUCUUUCUUCAAGCUUAAGCAUACCUUUAAAGAUAACUUGCAUGAAUUACUUUGGUCUCAAUUAUUUGUCACCAUAGUUAAACACAAAAGGUUGCAGUGCUUCCUGUUCUCUUACUGAAAGUUAGCUCUUCUUUCUUUACUUUUUUUUUUUUGAUUUUUUUUUUUUAACAGUUUUGCUAAUGCCACAGAAAGGGCUCUUUUAACUGAAGAAAAGAUAAGUGAAAAGUACUAAAAAAAGAUUCAGGUAAUUAUCAUUCAGCACUUUACUGUUACUCAGAAUAAAAUUUAUGAUGGCAUAUUUGCCCUGCAAAUGUCUUAACAAAAUUGUUCUGAAUAAAAACUCCUUAUUGGUUUGACAAAAAUUCAGUUGACCUGUGAAUUUAAUGAGCUGGAUCACUCGGAUUUUUGUGUUCACAUUUUAUUCUGAGGGUUGAUGUAAUGGUAUUUAAGGAGUCAUCAUUGCAAACAGUCAGUCACAUUAGGUUUAUUUCAUCAUCAGUAAAAUAGUAUUGAAGAGUAGUAAAUAAAACAGCGUUAGACUUACUUUCUGGUUAAAUAAUUGAGGUUUAAUUUUUUAAAAGAUAUCCUUAUUUUACUAGAUUGUAAACUUGAUUUCACCUUUGAAAAAGGUCUGGAUAUAGAUGGUUGUUCUCCAACCUUUGGCUGAAGAGAUUUAAAUAUUUACCAUGGGCAAAUUUGAUGAAAUAUUUGAACUGCCAGAUAAUAAGAAAAUUUGUAAUUUAGACAAAUAUUCUAGAAAUAUCAGACAUCAGUAUUUUGAAAUCAUUGACUCUAACCUUGGGAUAUAAUGCAUAGAUACAUGCAUGAGCUACUUUUUUUUUUAAAAAAAGGAAAGCUUUGCAAGUAGAGUAAAUUUAUAUUAGUUGAUCUCAAUUUUGAGAUAAAAGAUGAGCAACUGGAUUUUUAAGAGGUUUAAUAUUUCUCCCUCCUUUUUUGGGAGGGGUAGGAGGGCCUACAUGCUUUUAUAGUCAGGCACAUCUCACAGUGUUUUGCAGGUAAACUCGAAUUGUGCAACUAGUAUAAAAUAAGGAUUUCUUUACAUAGCGUUUUCCACCUCUAAAUAUAGAUAACUUAGAACUGUCCUUCAGUCUUUAUAACUGAAAUGCCUUAUUUCCCUUAGGAUACAAUUCUCCUGUUUGCCGUCUCCCCAAAUGCCAUUAGGAGCGCUUGAAAAAUCAGUAAACUGAUUUUAAUAACUAAAAAUUGUCCAUGAUUUUAUUUUAGAGGAGGUUGGUUAAUAAACGUGAUCUCAGACACCACUUAGGCAUGUGUCAGAAAGUAUUCUCAAAAUUGUGAGACUGAAUAAAAAAAAACCAAAACAACUUAUUUUUUUAACCACAGAUGACUAAUAAUGAGCUAAAUGUACUCAUUUGAAUCAAACUAAACUUGACACUGUAGCAUGGUGAUGUUGGCUGGAGUUAAUGUAUAAGUUUUGAUUAUAUUUCUAUAAAAACGCCAUUUUUAAGGCCUGCUGAAUUUUAGAUGUUCCACUAUUGAUCAUUUCUAUAAAAGAAAUGGUCAUUUUACUGAGAUUAGAUACCAGUCUACUUUAUCAGGAUAAGUGGAGUAUAGAUUUAAAGAAUAUUAAUUUUCUUAUCCAUGAAUCUGACAGGUGCAUAAGCCCAAGAAGUCAGCAUAAGAUAAUUUGGUGCCCAGUAUGAUUUUGAAGUUAAGUAACUGAUCACUGGUAAAGUAACUACCUUAAUGUAUAAUAUUUUAGAGACCCCUAUCUACUGUGACUUGGGAAAAUUGUUAGGUUAUAUUUGAAAAGGUAACUCUUUAACAUCAUAUUGCCCAACAGAAACUUUAGGUUGACUUUUACAGGUAUAAUAAUCCUUAUAAUUAAUUUUCUCAGAAUUGUGGGAGCUGGAUGAGGUAAUAACCAUAUUCUUGUGCACUGUAACAGCAACAUUAUUGCUUGGAACUUUAACAAUUUUAGAGUUAGAUACUAAGGAAACUAAUUGGUCAUCUUUUUUUUUCUCUUUUUUUUUGCCCUUACAUAUCACUAAACAACUAGUUUCUCUCCCUUUUGUCAGUUCCCAUUGUGUAUUUUUCAAAAGAAGUACUGUAUUCAGGUGCCAGCCAAUAAAUUGUCACACAAUGGAAAAUGAUAUGCCACAAUAUUCAUUGUAAGGUUUAAUAAAAUUAAAUUUGCACCAAGUACAAGUGUAUUCUUAUGAACUUAAUACUUGACUGAUGUUAUAUUUUGUUAGUGGACUCCUUCAAAAAACACUAAUUUAUGGGCAGUUAGAACUUGAGAUAGCAUUUAUUAUUACUACUUCUAUGUAAAAAACAAAGAUGAUUAAUGUACAGUUUAUUCUAAAUUUUUUUCCAGUAAAGACCAGAGAAAUUGAAGAUGGGAAGACUUUUGUUGUCAAAUGUAUGGGAGAGGGGUUGCUUUUAAUCCUUGUUUUUUUAACUGGUUUGGUAUUAAGUUUCAGAAGUGUGUCAUAAAUAUAUUAGUAUGAAGGUAAGUUUUAUAAAUUUAUUUCCAUCCCUUUGAAAUCAUAAAAUCUAGUACUGUUUGUCUUUUCCUUGUAUGUAAGUUUCCCAAUAUAAAAAUCUUUAAUAGAUCCAAAAAAAUUUACUGGCCAUAAUUUCUAAGCUCCAAGCAUAGAUUGAAAUAUCCAGUUUAGUAGGCUUUCCCCUUUUAAAUCACUAACCUGUCAUGUUAUAAAAAGUAGAGGCUCUGUCAUCCUUUUCACAGGGCUGUAUUAAACUAGAUUUUUUUACCUUUG